CAUUUACCAGUCGAACAACUUUCACGUUGGAGAAAAGUACAUCACUGAGACUGUGACAAUUCAUAAGGGAACUAGCAGGGAAGGGAAUAAAUAUUUUAUCGACAAAUUGUUUUGAGAACGCAUUACUAUGAUGUGACAUGGGCAGACGCAGACCGGACUGGUGGUUGGAACAGCAACAUCAACAGCAGCAACGGGACUUGCUGGAGGACGGUUGUCCGAGGAACGCAGCCAACGCAAGGGAGAGGGCUAGGAUGCGCGUGCUGAGCAAGGCGUUCGGUCGACUCAAGACGACACUGCCAUGGGUGCCCGCCGACACCAAACUGUCUAAAUUAGACACGCUGAGGUUGGCCACUACAUACAUAGCACACCUAAGCUCGUUGUUAACGACUACCGAGCGAUCGGACAUCGCGAACCAAGGAGAGACCGGGACUCAGGUUGCGGUCACGUCCACGCAACCAUUAAACUACGCCAUGACUUGGCCAUACAACGCACACAACACCGUGAAAGAAUGUUCAUCGCCUGAUGACGAUGACUACAGAUACAACUGUUAUGAUAGUUAUAAUAAUACACUGGAAGGAAAAUCAUAUUCAACUUACGACACUUACUACAAAUCAUCUAUCAAUUCGUGAAUAUUUGUCAUUCAUGUAUAUUUUAUUUAAUAUAGACCUAGGUGCUUAAAAUAAAUUUGAAACAAUCAUAAUUAUUAAUUAGACACCUGUAAUAUAUUUGUAUUCUUAUUUUAUGAUAGGUUAACAUUUAAUUUAUGGAUUUGUACGAAAUUUAAUAUAAUCUGUUCAAUCAUAAAAUAUUUAUUAUUUAAUAAAAAUAAUGAAAACAAUAACAA